AUGUCUGGCGCCGGAGAUCGCGAGGCCGUCUUCCCGACGCGCCAGUCGCUUGGUAUCAUGAAGGCCAAGCUCAAGGGAGCCGAACAGGGACACAGUUUGCUAAAGCGCAAGAGUGAAGCUUUAACCAAAAUCGAUGAGGCAAAGCGAAAGAUGGGUCGAGUCAUGCAGAUCGCCGCAUUCUCCCUGGCCGAGGUCACAUACGCAGUAGGAGGCGAUAUUGGCUAUCAAGUACAAGAAUCGGCCCGUCAGGCUCGUUUCCGAAUCCGAACCAAGCAGGAAAACGUCUCGGGUGUGCUCCUACCCGCUUUUGAGAGCUAUCAGACCGAGGGCAAUAAUGACUUUGGCUUGACCGGUCUUGGUAAGGGUGGUCAGCAGGUUCAGAGAUGUAGAGAGACAUAUGCAAGAGCUGUGGAAACGCUGGUGGAACUAGCGAGUCUCCAGACUGCUUUCGUGAUCCUGGACGAAGUAAUCAAGGUGGUGAAUCGAAGAGUAAACGCCAUUGAGCACGUUAUCAUUCCAAGAACGGAAAACACGAUCAAGUACAUCAACUCGGAGCUUGAUGAGUUGGACAGAGAGGAGUUCUACCGUCUGAAGAAGGUUGCCGGCAAGAAGCAAAGAGAUACUGCAGCUGCCGAUGCAGAGAUGAAGGCAAAGAAGCAGGCACAAAGAGACCAGGAGAACGUCACGCCUGAGGAGGAUGACGCACCUGCUGACAUCCUAGCUUCGACUGAAGAUGACGAUGUCAUUUUCUAA